AUGGGGUGGUGGCUCGGUGGGUUGUGGGGUGGUCAUGGCUGGAGGGCGGCUGUCUUGCAGGGCACGGCGGCUCAUGCCAUGGGGGACUGGAGCCUGCUGGGGCGGCUGCUGGAAAAUGCCCAGGAGCACUCCACGGUGGUGGGGAAGGUCUGGCUCACUGUCCUCUUCGUCUUCCGUAUCCUGGUGCUUGGGGCAGCCGCUGAGCGUGUCUGGGGUGAUGAGCUGUCUGGCUUCUCCUGUGACACACAGCAGCCCGGCUGCCAGAACGCCUGUUACGACAGCACCUUCCCCAUCUCCCACCUCCACUUCUGGGUCCUGCAGAUCAUCUUCGUCUCCACUCCCAGCCUCGUGUACCUGGGCCACAUACUGCACCUGGUGCAUCUUGAGGAGAAGGCACAGCAGCAAGCGGUGGCACGGGCCAUCAGCAGGGCCCGGCGCCAGCGCGCAAGGCAACCCCAGCUCCCUGCCAGGGACGCGCGGGGACGGGUCUGCAUGCGGGGAGCCAUUCUGAGGACAUAUGUCUGUAAUGUUGUCUUCAAGGCUCUCUUGGAGGUGGGCUUCAUUGUGGGCCAGUACACCUUGUACGGGUUCCAGCUGAAGCCCCUCUACACCUGCAGCCGCUGGCCCUGCCCCAAUACUGUCAACUGCUACAUCUCCCGGCCCACCGAGAAGACCAUCUUCAUCCUCUUCAUGCUGGGGGUGUCCUGUGUGUCCUUGCUGCUCAACAUGGUGGAGAUCUACCAUCUGGGUUUCACCAAGUGUGGCAAGGGGCCAGGCCCCAAGUCCUGCAUCCUGCCCAGUCCUGGUGGUCCUGCAGGUCCCUGCAGCUCCCGUGUCACUCUUCCCGGCAGCAGCAGCAGCCCCACAGCACCUGGCAGAACCCCCCCCAGCCUAACACCCCUGAAGAAGGCGGGUGCAUGGCUAGGGGUGGCCAGUGGGUCCCAUAGGAAGGUGCGAUGGGCAGACUUGGCAGUGUGA